GAACGAGUGGCUCCUGCCGUGUCAUCGCGUCGCUCGAAACGCCGAGGCCGAUCCAAGCAACGGCGGUCGCUGCCCGCCGCAAGCAGCAUUGCCUCGCGCCGUCGCGGGCCGUUCCUAGCAGCUCUCACCACUGCUUCCCGGCUUCCCUCCGCCGCCUCCUCCAAAGAUGUCCCCCUCGCUCGUCCCCACCACCUCCGGCGGGCUUCACGUCUGCCCGUCCCCGCCUCGGCCGCGGCGGCGCCGAUGCUGCCACGUCACGGCUGCCGCGCUCCCGCCGGCGUCGGACGGCGUCGGCCGCCGCGCCGUCUCCCUGGCCGGCGUCGCCGCCUGGCUCACCACUGCUGUCGGGCGGGCGGACGCGGCCAGUCCAUUGGACAAGUACGUCAAGAGGAAGAAGCUGGAGCCUCUGGAGACCUACGUUCCGGCUGUGCUGCUGACUAUUGACCAGUUCGUUGAUCUAGAGAAAUCCUUACAAUUUGAGAAACCAAGGUUCGACGAGACCAGAUCAUUACUUCGCUCCGGACCAGCAUCAUCUCUACGAAUCAACAUUCGGGCAGUGGCACAAUAUGCUGACAGUAAUGGUCAAGGCAAAGCUGCAUCAGACGCUGUGGACGAAUGCUUACGAGCAUUGGAAGAUCUCGACUCGCUGCUACUACAUGCAUCACGGAAUGACCCCUCAGCAUCCGUUGAGACCAUGAGGAGCAAGAUCAGUGUUGCCCUUGGAGCAUUAGACAAUCUCUUGCAAACUGUGCCAUCUGCAGUCCUGGAUAAAGGAAAGGCGAUUGCUGAUGCAUACCGGACUCCCGCAGAUGAAUAUGUUGAGGAAAAUGCUGCCGAGUUGGAUCCCAAGCUGAAACAGUUGGAGGAUAUUCUUUAAGGCUGAAUUUUGUUAGGUUCAACCUUAUGUAUUGACUACUUCCGGCGAUGCGACUAUAUUGUAGAGUGAAAUGGAGAAAAAAUCGGCACAUCAAUUAUUUUUAUUUUUAUUUUUGCAAUACUUCAUUAUGUUUAUACUAUACCUGCUUAGCUAAUCCAAUUGUUUGAAUGGUAAA